UUCCCCAGUUCUACAUUUUUGCAGAGGCAGAAGCUUGGCCUAUGACUUUUGUUUUGUAAGCAUCGCUGGAAGAGUUGAGAUAACUUUUUAUUCUACCAUGUAUAACUUUAGAAUAGUAUGAACAAGUGAAUUAUAAAAGGAUGUAAUAAAUUAGAUAUCUCUUCAUUUUGGAGAGAGAAGAUGGAAACAUCACUGGUUUUCCCUUCUCAAUUAAACAUGUGUGAAUCAAGAGAAAAAACUUUUUUCAAGUUAAUACAUGGUUCAGGAAAAGAAGAGGCAAGCAAAGAAGCCCAAAUCAGAGCAAAAGAAAAAAGAAAUAGGCUAAGUCUUCUUGUGCAGAAACUUGAGUUUCAUGAAGAGACCCACUCCGGUAGAUCUGGGAAAUUCGCCAAAGAAACAAGAGUCUCCCCUGAAGAAGCAGUGAAAUGGGGUGAAUCAUUUGACAAACUGCUUUCCCAUAGAGAUGGACUGGAGGCUUUUACCAGAUUUCUUAAAACUGAAUUCAGUGACGAAAACAUUGAGUUUUGGAAAGCCUGCGAAGAUUUCAAGAAAAGCAAGGAACCUCAACAAAUCAUUUUUAAAGCAAAAGCAAUAUAUGAAAAAUUUAUAGAGAAUGAUGCUCCACAGGAGGUUAACCUUGAUUUUCACACCAAAGAAAGCAUUGCUCAGAGCAUCACCCAACCCACUCUCCAAAGUUUUGAUGCUGCACAAAGCAGAGUGUAUCAGCUCAUGGAACAAGACAGUUACACACGUUUCCUGAAAUCUGACAUCUAUUUAGAUUUGAUAGAAGGAAGACCUCAGAGACCAACAAAUCUUAGGAGACGAUCACGCUCAUUUACUUGCAAUGAAUUCCAAAAUGUAAAUUCAGAUGUUGCCAUUUGGUUAUAAAGAAAAUUGAUUUUUCUCAUUUUGAUGACAAACUUGUAUAUCUGCUUCUAAUAUUUAGCACAUAUAUGAUAAGGAAUAGCUACAACUUUUAAAAUAUACUACAUCACCCAAAAGAAUUUUGAAAGUGUAAAUCAAAAUUUAUCGCUAACAAAAUGCAUACUGCAUCUGCCAAUAUAUCAUGUAAAACCUUUCUUUUGACAUCAUUCCAUUUACAGUCAGGGAAAUGUAUUCCUUAAUUAGGCAUAGAGAAGUAAUAGUAAUGUCUUUUAAGAUUGUGGAGUUAUAUAAAGGUUAAAAUUUUGCAAAAUUGUCAACAAUUUGAUCAAAUAUUUAUUUCAUUUUUUUCUAGAGUAAACAGCAUUAAUACUCAAAUAUCCACAUGUUCAGACAUCAUUUUCCAUAACAAUGACAGAGAACUUUCUCCAGUAUAAACAGUUCAGGAAUGAUCCAGGUCUUACAAUGGAGAAAGAUUAACAUGUGUUCUAAUCCUGGCUCAAGAAGAGCAAUGUAUCAUGUUUAGCUAUAAGCCACCAACAGAAACUUUUGUGAAGACAUGUUCAUCCCUCCAGAGCUUCCAGGUUAAACAUAACCUAGGUUAGUGGGUGAAAAAGAGAUCCACAUUGGACUCAUUCCUGAGUCUGCCUGAAUUUACCCAGUUAUAAGGAGCAUCAUUCCUGGCCACAAAAACAUGACUAGAUUAUACAUAGCUACUUCUUAGUAUUGAAUAGAUCCCAACUGCAUGCCUGCUAAGAAACUUGCUGCUAAAAUACUAGGCAAUCAGUGAUUUGAAUGAUAAUCAGAGGAGGUUUUUCCCAGGAGUAAUUGGGUCUCAUGCUUAGACUUUUAGAGUUGAUGCAGAAAUUAGAAAAGAGAGGAGGUGAAGAAGCAAGCAGUUCAAAGCCCUGGUAAUUUGGGUAUCUGCCACAACACAUUCGCAAUCAGAAAAUGUUCUCCCAUUGAUAUAGUCUUAUUACAAUCUCAUUUAAUACUAUAUUAUUCAAAUAAAAUCAUACUAAUAAAUACAUAUGUCUCUAUUUUAGGGAACUAUUUAAUUUUAAAUAUAUGUUAUAUGCUCUGUAAAUAUCUGUAUUUAAAGAUAUUAUAAAUUUGACUGGGGGGACUGUUAUAAUUUUAGUUGGAAUAUAAAAUAUAAUAACUUUAGUUUUUCUAUAGUAAUAAAUAUUUUUAUUUCUUCAUAGAGAAAAGUUCAUUCAACCAACAAAAGCUCCUACUAUUGAUUACCCUUCCUAUUGUUAAAUAAGAAAUAAACACAUUUUCUUAUUUUAGAAUGAUAUUAGGAUAGAAAGUAUUAAUUAAGAUAUUGUGUCCCUGAUCUAAAUGUUGUUUAUAAUGCUGUGGAUGUGAAAACAAAGCAUCAUGCACUUCAAAAAAUGAUUUUUAAUUUUUCCUUGGCUAAUUUCUAUCCUCUUAUUCUGUGAAAGUCUCUUUUCAUAGAAUUCGUUUCAUACACAGAGUUAAGACUUGAUGCAAGUUUUCUGAUUUCACCAGAAAAUCAUGUGCUGAUUUUAGUAGCAUUGGUCUAGAAUCACGAAUGCACAUUACAUAGCUUUUCCAUUUGUAGUACUUUUCAAAAGCAACUAAUCUCUUGAUUACAUUGAUUUAUUCAAUGAGACACCUGAAAAAUCAUACCAGGACUUCUUGAUAAAGCUAAUCCCUGACUUCAGACAGCUUGCACUUUGUGGAGAAAAUAACAUGAACAAAUAUAGAAAACAAAAAAUAAUUGGAAAACUAAAAGAAGCCAAGUAAAAAUGCAUAGGCAGCAAGUGUGUUGGCUGAAAGAAUGACAAAAUUCACAAAUACAGACUUGACUGGAGAGCCCAAUGCCUGGAUCACUAACUAGAUGGCUAAUUCUAGGAAAUUUACAUAACCCUUAAGGACCCUUACCCUCCACUUUUUUUUUUAGACAUAAGGACUCAGGUUACUCAUUUCUGGUGCUCUUCCUGGUCCCCAAAUUCACUGGUUCUAAGUAAAUUACCUGAUAUUCAUCAAAGCACCUCCUGAUUGGUGCACAAGCAAAGAAAAGAUGCAAACUAAAUAGAAUUAAUGAAGGAAAGGAAACUUCAAAUUAACUUAGUAUGGGAUGUUGGUCUAAGAACAAGGAAUAAUUUUAUUGGACAUUUAGAAAUAAAUGAAAGGAAAGAAUUCAGAGAAAAUAUAGCUUGAAUUAUUUUUUAAGUAUGACCAGCCAAAUAUAUGAUAAUAAUGUUUUUUGAAGUAUUGGAGGGUUGAAUUGGGUAAUUUAGGGCAUCUUGAAACUUAUAAGUAGUAGUCAGUACCUAGGCUGUUUUAUACAGAAUAAAAGCUCAAUAAGUGAUUGUGAAGUCAAAUGAAAUCAAAAGGAAGCCUUAUAAGGAUCUCUAUGUAGCAUUUUUCCAAAGAGUAAAAGCUUUAAAAUGUGGUGGAUUUUUACUGAAUCAUUGGCUGUGCUCCUGUUCAAGUGUACCAUGUUAGAAAAGUUAUCUAAAUAUGCUGAAUUUCAAUUUUUCAUUUGUAAUAUUGCAAUAAAGUUUUUACAGUGUUUUUACAAUAAUUAAAUUAUAAAUAUUAAGUACCAAGUAUAGAUUGACUUUAGUGGGUGGAUGGAAUUGUGGAAAUUAUUCCCUGUGUUUAAGUAUCACUUUUAAUUAUAAGUUUUUCUAAUAAUGUUUUGGUUACAAAUCAAACAAAUGUCCUUUGUGAUUUUCUUGUACAAAAUAGGAGACAGAUAUUGCUCUUAUCAAAUAUUUCAUAAUUUCCCACUGCAUAGAGAAAUAAAUGAUAUUGUACCUAAAUAAAAAAUAAGGAAACAUAAGCUUAAACAUUAUUCUAAAAGUAAAGCUAAAAAAGGUUAACUUAAUAGUUAUAUUCAGUGCAGCCCCCUUUUUAGGAGGAAAAAAAAAAAAGAAAGACAAAGCAUAUUGAAGACAUAUACUCCUUCUUCCCCACAAUGCUCAAAUGUAGAGAUGGCAUUAACUAAAUUUAACAUAUUAAAUUUGUUUUCAUUGUACCUCAUUAACUAACGAUUAUAUUUGGUUUCCUUGUUCAAUUAUCAUCUGCCUAAAAAAGAAGGCAAUUAUCAUCUGCCUAAAAAACAUCUUCAGAAUUUAACCACAAGUUUGUUCAGCUAUGUCAUCUGAAAAUAAAAGAUAAUGUGUAACAUGUUGAAUGAAUGACAAAUAUUUAUUGAACACUCUUAUUUGAUUAACACUAUUAGCUGUUGGACAUUCAGAAGUAAACCUAACAAAGAGUGACAGGAAGAGAGAGAAAAAGAAAGAAAAAGAAACCCUUCAGGGUUCAUUUUCUGAUAAAGUUUCUAUUCCAAAAUAUGCAGCUGAAAGCCAUGCCUUUACAGGACUCUCCUUAGCAUUUAUUCUAAAUAAGAAAACCCAUCUGUUACUGUUGGUGUAGAUGACCAUUUGUCUUUUGAACUUAGGGGUUAAGUAGUGAAUUUCUUCAUUUGUUGGAGAAAAACACAGAAGAUAUUUUAACUUGAAUAAUUUGGGGAAUAUUUGACCAUCUUUUAUAAAAUGAAAGCAGAACUAAACUAAUAUGAAUAAUAUUUAUGAAACCACCCUUACAAAUUGAUGAAACUGUGCAAGGUGAGAGCUAGAGGAAGGGCUCCCAAAACUCUGCCAAGGAGAAGGCUAGCUAAAACAAUGAUCAUAAUCAGUUGUUGCCCCCUCGUUUAUUUAAUAAUAAUCAAUGUUUCUUCUGUUUGCUUCUUUAACCUGAAAUAGUUUUUGAGAAAUCUUCCAGGUCCCUCAUUCCAGUAAUGGACACACCCAGAAAAAGGAACUGACUCAACUAGUCUUGGACCCUCUGUCCAAGGUCCUGAAUUCCACCUAGACAGCAGCGCAUCCGAAGGGACUGAUGGUUUUGCCUUGAAACUGGUCAAUUAGCAGACCCUGACUGCCUAAUCUUCUGUCCAUAAAACUGUAUUUAAAAAUUAAACUGAACAGCUUCUGUACAGCUAAGAAGACAACAAGCAGAGAAAACAGACAACCUACACAAUGGGAAAGGAUAUUUGUAUAUUAUGAAUAGGACAAAUGAUUGAUAACUAGGAUCUCCAGAGAACUCAAAUUAAUCAACAGAAGAAGAGUGAACAAACACAUCACUGGGCAAGAGAGAUGAAUACAACAUUCUCUAAAGAAGAUAAAUGAAUGGCUAACAAACAUAUGAAAAAUACUCAUCGUCCCUAAUUAUUAGAGAAAUGCAAAUCAAAACCACCCUAAGAUAUCACCUAAAUUAACCCCAGUGAGAAUGGCCCACAUCACAAAAUCUCAAAGUUUAAGAUGCUGGCAUGGAUAGGCAGAGAAGGGAACACUUUCACACUGCUGGCGGGAAUGCAAGCUACUGCAGCCUUUUUGGAAGGAAGUACGGAGAAUCCUCACAUAACUCAAAUUAGAUAUACCAUUUGAUUCUGCAAUCACAUUACUAGGCAUCUACCUAGAAGAAAAAAAUUAUUUUAUCGUAAGGAAAUUUUCACUAGACUGUUUAUCGCAGCUCAAUUUACAAUUGCCAAGAUGUGAAAACAGCCUAAAUGUUCACCAAUCCAGGAAUGGAUUAACAAGUUGUGGUAUAUGUAUAUCAUGGAAUACUAUUCAGCCAUUAAAAAGAUGGAGACUUUACAUCUGUUGUAUUAACCUGGAUGGAAUUGGAAUACAUUCUUCUUAGUAAAGCAUUACAAGUUUGGAAAACUAAGAAUCCAAUGUACUCAAUUCUUAUGUUAAGGCAGUAGAUCUAAUGUAAGGAGGAAGUAGGAGAGUAGGAAUGAGGGAUUAGGGAGAGGGGAUGAACAAGAGGAGUGGGGUCAUGUUGUAUGAUACACCUCUUGGGGGAAGGACAUAGUUAUAAGAGGGACUUUAUUUAACACA